AUAUAAGCAUUGAGGAUAAAACCCACUAGAGGUCUAAAUCCUAAAGAAAUGGGCACCCAGCAAACAUAUGUAAACAAGCUUUUUCUAUGGUAUAGUAUUAUAUUACUAGGGCAACCCAGGAUUUGGAGGAAAAAGCUGGGUUAGAGGAAGAGUAAGGUCAGCGAUAGUGGCACAAACUAGCUAAGACAGGGACCUACGUAAGUGGUUGUGCUAGCCACUGAGGUAGACAUCCACCCGAGACAUGGGUCUCUCUUUCCACGUACGUAAAACAAAGUCUUGAGUUUGUAAUUCUCUAUAAAUAAAUUAAACAAGCAAUGGAGCAAAGCCAACCCAUACUUUUACCUUCUCAUUGAUGAUAGUAUAGCCAACCCACAAGCACUACUUGUCCAAGAAAAUAACUUCACUUUUCUUAAUAUUCUUUCCUUCAGCAUUUCUUCAAAAGAUUUUGAUUCCACCAUGUCCAAGAUUCAUCCUACGGAGAAGAGAUGUAGUCAAGAUUUGUUCUUGAACGAGAAAGAGAUGGUUGUUGAUGAUGGAGAUGGUUAUCAACAUCAACGUCGCAAUCCUUGUGUGCUCACUGUAUGGAAGAGAUCUAGCAUGAGUUUCCAGGGCACCGAUGGUUUCACUGUCUUUGAUCCUCAUGGAAGAUUGGUUUUUCGAGUGGAUAACUAUUCCAGAAAGAACCGGUAUGGAGGAGGUGGUCUUAUUCUCAUGGAUGGAGUUGGCAACGCUUUGCUCUCUCUGAAACCUCAGACGCUGAGCAUGCAAUAUCAGUGGAAUGCAUACAGAGGAGAAGAUGGGUAUGGAAAGAAUCCAAAGAUGAAAGUGUUCUCAAUGAGGAGCACAUCGGUGCUUUUUCACACUGGCAAAGAGGUAGCAGAGAUUUUCAUGGGAGGAUUUACAAGAAAAGGACAGAUACCAGAUUUCAGGAUUGAGGGAUCAUUCAAGGCUCGAGAUUGCAAGAUCAAGUCUUCUACUGGAGAGUUGGUAGCAAAGAUGGCUAGGAAAAGAGUGAACACUACAAUUUUGCUGAGCAAUGAUGUGUUUAGCCUAGUAGUACAACCUGAUUUUGACACUCAACUUAUUAUGGCAUUUGUAAUUGUAUUAGAUCGCAUUAGCAAUAAGCCUUUUGCUCCUGUUUUGUGUUCUUAAAUCCAUUUUUGUAUAAACAAAGAGAGUAAACGCACAUAGAAUAUCUCAUUGAUGCAAUUUACACUUUUUACAAGUGGGAUUUUUCCCAUUGAAAAUUGCAAGUUAUUAUA